AUGGUUUCCUCGAGCACCCCGCGAGGCAUCGCCCUGCGGUACUCCCACGGCGACGAUAUUCGCGAAAGGAUCGAACGUGUAAAGGAAGAUCUGAAGGAAAUCAAGAGGUUCUACCCUAUCACAAUAUCUCCUCGCAGAGCAAAGCGGCUAUAUGACUUCUUUGAUCAGGAGCUCAGUGCUCUCGGUGAUCAGCCCUUUGACGUGUAUAACCAACAGGAAAAGAUAGACUAUCUCCUCCUCAAGAAUUACUUGGAGCGACAGCGUCGCGAAUUAGAUCUUGACUGCAAGCAAAAUGAGCAAGCGACGCCUUUGCUGCCCUUUGCCCAUAUCGUCGUUGACCUAUGUGAAGCUCAAGCUCUAGGUUCGCCAAUGGAACCCAAGGCUGCUGCUCAAACGCUUUUUGAGUUAUAUGUGGAGGCAAACAACCUGAUCGACCAGAUCACAGCCAACCCUGUCCAAUUCCAAAUUGGCAAAAACAGUGCAUUUCGGGCCGCAAAUGCGGUCCAAAGCCUUCGGGGUCACCUUCGGGACUGGUUCAAGUUCUACAAGGGAUAUGACCCUUUGUUCGACUGGUGGGUCGAAAGUCCGUACAACUCGGCAGAUAUCUCCCUUGAGAGGCUCGCGGCUUUUGUCCGCGAAACCCUCGUAGGUAUCGAGCCGGGCAAUGAGAAUGCCAUAGUCGGUCAGCCCAUUGGGCGUGAAGGCUUACUCGACGAGUUGCUGGCAGAAAUGAUCCCAUACUCGCCAGAGGAGAUCCUUCGAAUUGGCGAAAAGGAGUUCCACUGGUGUAUUGCAGAGAUGGAAAAGGCGUCGCGGGGGAUGGGACACGAGGACUGGCAUCAGGCUCUGGAGGAAGUCAAAAAUGACUUUGUCGAGCCCGGAAAACAGAUAGAUCUCGUCCGAGGCCUGGUUCAAGAAGCCAUUACCUUUGUCGAAGAUCAUCAAUUGGUUACGGUACCGCAGAUCGCCAAAGAGACCUGGCAAAUGUUCAUGAUGUCGCCUGAACGGCAAAAAGUCAACCCCUUCUUCCUUGGUGGAACAUCAAUCAUUGUUUCUUAUCCGGUCGGCUCGAUGGCGCACGACGAAAAGCUCAUGAGCAUGCGUGGAAAUAACAUUCACUUUUCUCGCGCCACUGUCUUUCAUGAGAUGAUACCGGGUCACCAUCUGCAGUUCCACUACAACGCAAGGCACAAGCCAUACAGAAAGCUAUUCGACACUCCAUUUUGGAUUGAAGGAUGGUCACUGUACUGGGAAUUCCUUCUCUGGAACGACGACCGCUUCAAAAAGACUCCCCAGAACAGGAUCGGGAUGCUCUUCUGGCGACUGCAUCGCUGUGCCCGGAUUAUCUUUUCGGUCAAAUUCCAUCUCGGUCAAAUGUCUCCCCAGGAAUGCAUUGACUUGCUCGUAGCCGAGGUCGGCCACGAGCGUGCGACGGCAGAGGGUGAAGUCAGGCGGUCCCUGAAUGGUGACUAUUCCCCAUUAUAUCAAGCCGGAUAUAUGCUGGGGGCUCUCCAAAUCUUUACCUUGCGACAAGAGCUUGUGGAGACGGGAGCUAUUCCAGAGAAAGAUUUCCACGAUCGAUUUUUGCAGGGAAAUCGCAUGCCGAUUGAAUUAGUCAGGGCCUCAAUGAUCCACCAGCCGCUGUCUCGCGACUAUAAGCCCUCAUGGAGGUUUUACGACCUUAGCUGA